AGGUCAGUCCUAAGUGGGCCCGGAGCGCACCACCUACUCGAGACAUGUAGCCUCAGCGUUUGUGUGUCUCUUAUGGCGCCCUCCUUUUUCUCCCCUUUCCUCGACCGCCUCUCCCUCCCGCAGCCGGCCCUGCAGCGCGCCGCCGUCCGCAGCAUUUUCGCACAUUUCAAAAGAGCGCCCUCCCACGAACAGCCCAGCUCAGCAUUGGGUGAGGAGACACUAACCGUCUGCCUAACCCACCGGAGCCCAGCUGUGGUGGACGAGACAGCCCAGCAGUUAGUGCGCCUGGUUAGCGAGCGCCCGGAUCUGGUGGGCAGUGCAAAGGGGGUGGAUUUGCUUCUUGCGGGUUUGAGGGAGGUUCCGGCUGGUGGGGUGGGGCCAAUCGUGGGCGCCAUUGGGGCAAUUCUGCGCCUGUCGUUGGCAGAAAGUUGGGGAAAUGCUAGACCCCCGACGUUGGAGGAAACAGCAGCACAAAACGAGGAAGAUCAGCUCAAUUUUGCCACUGGCAUAUCCUUCUUUGACAGACAGCCUAAAAGCUCCGAUGGAGUGGUGGUAGCGAGAGCAAAUGCCUCAGAGUCAUUUGCAAGCCCAAGCGCGCAAGCCUCCGGGGAACAGCACCCCUUUUACCGGGCGACCCUCCUCAGGGACGAGUGUCAAGAGCCGGUGCUGCGGCAAGUGGCGAUCCUCUUAACACAAGCAGGAACCUCCGGGCACGAGAUCGAGGCGCUUCUGCAUCUGCGUUCGUUCAUCACUUCCGUUCUGCUGCAUGGGGCUGGGGGGGAGUUCUUCCGUCGGCGCCUCACGAGCGCUUUGGUUGGGAUUGCAGCCUCGAGCGGCCCAGGAUUGGCGGGGCCGAUACUGGAACUGCUGAUAUGGCAUGCGGGGCUGAUGAGAAUAGGCACUUAUGGGGUGCAAAUGGGCUCCGGGGAUAACCGAACAGGUCUGCAGGAAUCUGUGGCAAUCUCAGCCGCCUUUGCUGAAGAUCUGGCUGACCUGAUCCAACAUCUCAAGGAGAAAGCCGGACAACAAGCUGGAGCGAAUCCUUUCUCAAAUCAACGAUUUCUCCAUGGCAUCAAGGCAAACGCAUUCCGCUUGCUUGGGGCGCUUCUCAACGCCGCGUUCGAAGCGCAGGGCGCCGACCUCUCCUCUCUGCCCUUCCUUAACACCAUCGCUCGCUUAGUGGUUCUCUUGCCCCCAGUGGUGUCAAUCCAGCUCCUCCCAGUGUGGGGCUGGCUCCUCUCCAGAGCCCAAAUUGAGCAGGAGCAGCUCUCAAUCCUGCGCCUUCUAAGUAGAGCUCUUGAAUCAAGUGCCGGUCACAAACCCAGUAGCCCUCCAGAUGGAAAAGCCACCGAAACAGAACCGCUUGUAGCAACUUCAGUUCUGCCCAUCCUCCAAUUGCUUGCUCUUCCCUCCGGCCUCAUCAGAAACCACGCCGUCACAGCCCUGGACAAAGUUGAGGAGAUCAUGGCAAGCCCAAAGGCAGAGCGCCAAGUGGCAGCAGGAGGCACCACGGGCGAGAGUCCAGUCAAGGGGGAUCCCUUGACAGAACUCUGGUUGAUCAGCGGCGAAGCCAAGCUCGUCUCGUGCCUCAAGACCCUCGUCGCUAGCCUUUGGACCGGAGCCCACGUCCCAGGAUUCUCGGGGGAACUUAAAAGCUUCCCAUCCUCGGCAGCCGCCGCCAGUCCAACCCCAGAUUCUUUAGACGGCACCGUCUCCUGGCUGGCCGCUCUGGGCGCCCACCUGGAAACCCUCCCGCCGCAAAAGCAGGGCUCGAAAUCGCUGCAGGAAGGCGAGAGGACGCCGUUGGGCGACCUUGUGCGGAUAGCGUUUUACGUGGGGGGAGCGCUUAUGAUGCAUCCGGAGGCUUAUGUGCGGGCGGAAAGUGCAAAGGUGUUGGGGGCCGCUGCCAGGGUGGACCCGGUGCAGGCGGUGCCAUUACUGCCAGCUGUCCUGUGGUGGCUGCGUAGAGAAGAGACCGUGGCCCAGCAAGCCGCCUCCCCCGCUGUGCAAGGCAAGCCUAGAGCUUCCCACUCCGUCCAGCUGUCCCUGCUCUCCAUCCUCCCCUCUUUAGGCGCCCACCUGGCCACCGUGGGCCCGGUUCUAAAGUCCCUCCAACCGAUGCUCGAGCCCACCGCCGAGCUUCCCCUGAGAGCCGUCGGAUUGCGCCUGCUGAGCCAACUGUGGGCGAAUCUGGACCGUUCGUUCCCGCGCCUCCAGGCUGUUCUGAUGGCCGGCGUUUCGCUGCCCAAACCCUCGCAAACCCUCCCCAAACCAGGGUCAGAAAGAGAAGGGAUCUACGUGGCGAAUCGCCCAAGUGGGCAGUUGAGAAAAGGGAGAGACUCAGCGGAUUUGGAAUGGAACAUGGCGCGAGCGGCUUCGAUUCGGGGGGUCUGUGGCAAGGAUGCGGCGAGGGGGGUGGAACUAGUGCUUGGGAUCCAGGCGGCAAUCCAGGACCCUAACCCGGUGGUUAGCGCCCUCGGUUUAGAGAGCCUGGAGGUCUUGUGCGAGGAUGACGCCAUCGACUUCUACACGGCCUGGCGCGUGGUCCGGCGGACGUUCCCAACCCUCCCGGACGACCCCCGCGUGGCCGCCAGAUGGGCUUCCCUGCUCGCGCACGGGGCGCUCGACGCGCGCGCGGAACCAGACUUGGCGGCGGAGGUGCUGUCGUUGCUCUUGGAAGCUGCGAAGGCGGGAGGACCGUCGGAAAAGGGCGACCGGUGGUGGCGAGUGCGGAGCGCCGCGGUCGCCUCACUGUCCGCGUACGCCUUCGAAGCCGUCCAAGAAGUGUCACCUCGUCCCCUGUCCGACUACGUCAGCCUGCUGCUGACGGAAACGCACAGUGACGUCAGGGCCGCGUGCGAGGGCCUGGUCGUGAAAGCGUUGCAAUUUGAGCACAGCACGCGGCGGCGAAACGUCCCCGAAGCAAGGGCCCUUCCCCCGACCGCGUCUCCUGCCCUCGAGCUCCUGCAAGCCGUGCCCAAUCUAGUUGCAUCAGGACCCCGGGAGAGGGUCAAGCGGGCAGCGGCAGUGGACCUUCCGGCGGCCAGUUCGUUUCCGGGGGCUGUUCUGUACUGCUACCGGCCCCUGCCACCGACCCCCCCGGAAGAGGGGAAAGCCAACCGGGUGGCACUGACAGAGUACAAGGAGGCAGUGCGAAACUGGGCGGCCGGUUUCGCCCAGGUCUUCCAGGAGGCGAGCCAGAGCUUGCCCGGUUCGUCCCCAACCGACCAGACCCAGCUCCUGACCUCACUCAGCACGUGGUCCCGGUUCAUACCAACCUGGCUCCAAGCCCUUGCGUUGGCACUCUCCGUCGAGAAUGACGUCAGCAAAGCCGAGGGCGUCGGGUUAGCUGCGAAGGAAAUCUGGUCAACCAUUCAAGCCUUGAUAACCGAGGGGAUCCCCCGGGCAGCCGAGAACGCGACCCUGGCGGCUGCCGGCUUGUGUAGCGCUCUGCACGGUAACGCUUCAGGGAAUCUGGCCGUGAGCGUUACGUCGUUCCUGGCGAAACGGCUGGGACAGGUGGCUGGCCACGAUUGGGCGGAACGGGCGACGGCGGUCGCGCUUGGAGCAGCCACGGGGAGUCUUCCGAUCACCGCAAGAGAGCAGAAGGGCUUAGCGGUGGAGGCUUUGCUGGGGGUUUAUUUGAGCGAUGACGUCAGCAGCGGCGCCCUGUUUGCGGCUGGAUUAGCCCUCGGGUUAGUCGCACAGAGCCUCUCACACAGGGGCGCGGACGAGCCGACCUUGGCGGCUGACGUCACCUCUCAAACCGGCGGGGAAUCGGUGCUCGUGAAGCGGAUCUUGAGGUCAUUUUCAACGGCCCUCUGGAGUGGCGUUGGGAACGAGACGGCGCGGGAGAUUGUGCGACGGCUGGCUGCCACGUGGCAGGUCGAGGUGGUGCCACGUCAGCAAGUGGACGAGUGGGCUGCGACUGGGGCGAUCGCCGGCCUGAGUCAGAUGUGCUCCCGGGGUCGGUUGCCGGGAGUCCUCUCAAACCCGGGUUCAAUUUCGGGUUUGCUUAACCUAGUUGACAAUCUGACCGGCGCGGAUCGGACUCAAAGCGGGGGAAGUGCGGAUCCCGUUCUAAUUGCCGCCCUCCUAGCACUCCCCGUGCUGACCCCUCUGGCCCACAGACUGGAACUCGUCUCUUCGUCAAAAGCUGAGCAACGACUGGAACGCUUAUCCGUCAUUCUUCAGCAGCCAUCGGAAUAUACCGGAGCGAUAUUUCCGGCGGCCGCCCUAUCAGGGGGGUCGCUCCUCGACUCUCUCCUUUCAGACGGCUGCCCCCUCUCCACAGCAACGGUUGACAAGAUGCUGGAUUCUUUAGACCUCUCGUCAGGCGGAUCUGGCUCAGGAGGCGCCUAUAGAGUCGGCUCGCUGCUCGGCCUGGCAAACGCGCUCGGAGCAGGGUUCGGAGGUUUAGGGACGCGAACAGCGGCCGCGGGGUCGGGCAGGGUCUUGGACGAUGAGAGGAGAGUGGCGCAGGCGCGAGCGGUGGUUCAGAAAAUGAUCAAGGCCGUUAAAGAAGAUCCGGACCCAAAAGUUCAGAGGCAGGCUGCUUGGGCCCUGGCCGCUUUGUACGACUCUCGUUUCGGCGGAGGGGUUUCGAGUCGGGGGGCUGCUCCUGGAGCGGAAAACGCCCCCCUGCGCCGAGCCUUGCCGGGACUUCCCGAAGAGGGCGCCAUGCGGCCGCUGCUGACGUACCUGCUGACGUUUGCGGAGGGGCCCGGUUCGGACGGCGGCGCAGUGGGGCAGUCGGCGUCCGAACCAACCCAAACGGCGGAGCAUAGGAUAUCGUCCGAAAGGCAUAGCUUAUCGACGGGGUCGGACGGUGUGACGUCAGCUACGGCAGCGGCCGUUUUGCGGUGCUUGGCGAAGGCGCCCCGGCUGCCGGCGCUCAACUGGGGCGUCCUGUUUAGGCGGCUCUUCCGGGCAGAGCACCAGGGCGGAACGCCUAGAGAAUCUCGGGCGGCGGAAAACCCAGACGGAACCACUAGAGGUCUUCGAAGGGCGGACAAUCAGAGAGAAACGCCUAGAGAUUCACAGGCUGCGGCGGUGCGACGAGAGUGCCUCCGGGUGGCAAUUGCGCACGGUCGGGAGGUGCCCACGUUGGCCGUCUUUCUGGACAACACGUGUCAGCUAGCGAGGCUCGUGACGUUGGAGACGGACCUACAGAUCCUGAUUGCUGAAACUCCCGCGGCGCUUUUGCGAGCCCUCCCGCGGUCAGCGGGUUUGCGGGUUUUGGGCGACCUGCAAGACUUGGCGCUGGGGUACGGGUUCGCCGAAGAAGGGAGCGGAUUGCGGGCUGCGCUCUGGCGAGGUUUGGGGGAGGCUUUGGAGGGGGAUGGCGCUUCGGUGAGCGAAGAUGGGGAGGGAAACGAGGUGCGGGCAGCGGUUCUAGAAGCGGUCAGAAGUGUGUACCGAACGCUUCCGGUGGACGUGGGAAGCUUUAGAGGCGCCCGCACGUUGGAGAAGCCCGGUGGGAACUCUAGAGGAGCCGGCGAGAAUCGGAGAGGAAGCAACCCUUGGGGGGCUGCGAUUGAGUCCCUCGCAAAGACUGACAGGGCCUGGCUGCUGGAACUCCUAAAGCUUCCCAGCUCCAGUCAGCAGCAGUACAUCUCCGGAGAAGCUUUAGAGGUGCCCGCAGAGGAGUUAGUGUCCCAAUUCAGAGCCGUGAUCGCCCGGAUACUCCUAGCGAACAGUUCGCACCUCCCGCUGGCAGACCUGAAACCUUGUCGAAAGUGGCUCUUGGAGCAACUAGACUGGGGACAAAAACCGUCGCAACCCUCUCUCUCGGGGAGCCACGCACGCUCUCUCGCCAGCCAAGAAAACCCCGGGGCUUCAAACAGGGGGGAAACGAGUAUACCCGGUUCAGGGGGGUCGUUGAACGCGCUGAGAGAGGGGGGGUACGGAGUAGCCGAUCUAGAGGGGGGGGUGGAAGAGCUGGUUGCUGUAGUGGCGGCAACGGGGGGUGCGCAGAAGUGGGAGUGGUUCACGGAGACGCUGGACUGGACCCUGCUGACGUGGCGGCCCCUGCAGGGCCUCACUUUCCUGGCACUCCUCUGCAACGCGUGGCUCCCUUCGACGUCGCCGUUCCUUCCAAGCGCGCCCGUCGAGACGCUGGCAAACCUCCCGUACACUCUACCGGCCGUACUGGCCGAUCCGGACUUUGAAUCAGACCUGCCAGCUGUCAUCCAGAGAUUGGUCAGCAUUCUGACCAAGGGGGAUGCGCACGUGCGGCGCAUCCUGUUGCCGUGCCUCGUCGGCUGCCGGGAGAAGCUGUCGAUUGACACGUGGCAGUUUGUGGCGGACCUAGCCGUGGCGCAGAGCGUGACGAGGAACUGAGGGGACUCCUAGACGCUCAAAUUGAACGGAGCCGUUUAACCCAUUCAUGAACCUUUGAAAACACUUUGUGUGUUCGCACAUACUCGAUCGUUGAUCCAUACACCGAGUCUGUACAAUAUUCUUGCCCAUAUCUGCGCACUUGAAGGGCACGACUGAGCCGGCUGAAUUUACCGUACU